AACGACGGAGGUGAUGGGAUGGAAGAGACAGAGGCGGAAGAAAAGGAAAGGAACGCAACCAAGAGGAAGAGGGACAAGGUGGUGGUCCACGAAACCCCCCGGAAUCGUCCUGUGAGCAAAUCCAUCACGGAAGCCUUGUGGACGACAUUUAAAACGAAGCAUCACGUCAGGACCGCUGAAGCGGUAAGACCGGCCGGAGAUUUGACAAUCUCCGUUCCACGGGUUACAGCCUGGUUCCAGAGCACCAGAAGGAAACAGCAGGAAAUGGCUAAGGUCCAGAAGAAGGCGACAAAGUGCACAGGAUGAAGUCUUCCAUAGCCCACUGCACGUGCUCCCCUUAAAACGGAUUGGGAAGAGUAAUUCCUUCUACGUCUCCAGCUCCGCACCCCGACACCAGCCCAGAGGGAUUCAGAAAUCCCACCACCUCCGGUUCUUGAAAACACAGUACCAUUGACUUGCGUCUGAAACGCAUUCCCCCGUGUCUCCAAGAGCAUGCAAUUAGCAACUGUGUCCGAGGGGUGGGAUAUUCAGGUAUCAGCGUGACUUGGUGGAAAAAGCACGAUACUGGGAGUCAGAAGAGCCAGGUUCCAGUCCCACGUAGACCUCAUUCCUGUUGCGUGAUC